AUGUAUUUUUUUUUUAAUAUUUUAAGUAAAUAUACAGCAUCUUGAAGUAGGAUAAAAACCCGUAGAUAAGUUUUUAAUUUAAUUAUCAUUCUAGUUUUAAUACUCAUCUAAAAAAUUACUUAUUCUUUAGCCACGUUUUUCUUGGCAUUAUGAAAUGUAGAAACUCAUGUUGAACUCAACAAAAGGCUACAUUCAGAACCUUAUCUAAUCGUAUUGUUCGGUUGAGGGUUCUGAGAAUUGUCCUCCUCCGAGUUACCUUUUCUCCUAUUCUCAUUUUCUCGCCGGGUUCAUUCCAGUUUUCUCUGUCUCCCCCAAGUAAUCAUCUCGACAGCAGACACAAUGGGAUAACAAAAGUUGGGUCUCGUCUCUGUCCAGUUUGUUCCCUUCCAAGUUCCUCCUCCGUCGCGUUCACUUGGUUAUUUGCCUGAGUUUUCGGACGGGUAAUUCACGUGGCACUAAUUGAAUUAGUUAACUGACUUUUGAGUCUUAUUCCUGGACUUGGAAACGAUACCGUUAAGCAUGAUGAACUUGCAAUAGAAUGCAAAGUGCGCAAUUAACAAGUGGCUGAAGGAAAAACCAAAAAAAUCUGCUUUUAUAAGUAAACGUAGACGAACUCAAGGGCCUGUUGAAAGGUCUGUUGUGUUUUUGGUUUCGGAAUCUUGGAUGUCUGGCCCAGUUCAACAGCAGCUGUUGCUGCCUUGCACCCUAAUUAAACAGAUGUGGGCAAACAAAAAGGAAGAACAACUUCCUCAAUGUCAAAUUUCAGUUCAAGGCAUCAAAUUUCAAACAAUUUUGGGAGAAUCCACAGUAAUUGAGGAGCGAGAGAUUCGAAUAAAAAGUCAUCAGUAUUCUUUGCAUUAAUUUCCAUUAUCGGUUUUUUAAGUACCAACAAUUUUGAAAUUCCACCAAUCUAAUUGAGAAAUAAUUACAUAUUUAUGAGUACAGCAAAAUGGCUUAGAAUAUUAGUGAUUCUUUCAUCCGGAAAACUAUCCGGAAAACUAUCUACCUAAGCCAGUGCACAUCAUUUUUUACUAGUUUGGUAGUAGAACAAUGAGGAAUAACUUAAUACCUCUCUUUGGAGCAGUUUUUGCUGUCAAUUUUAUGUUUAAUGAUGCCGUUGUCUUUAGGUUCACAAAUUUCGAGUGCAAAAGUUACAACGAGUCGUGGUUCGUUUUUCACUACUAUCGACUUAAGGCCGUCAGUCGGGAUAGAGUUCUGCUCAAUGUGAAUGGAACAAUUCUUCAUCCGGCCAAUGAUAUUCAACUGAGGGGCAAAAUGUUUAAAAAAGCCAGUGGUUUCAAACCAUGGGUACUGGACUCUACUGUGGAUGGCUGCAGAUAUAUGCGAAAGCGUUAUGAUCCUUUCUUAAAUAUCGUGUUCAAUAUUUUUAAAGACUUCUCAAACAUAAACCACACGUGUCCGUUUUUUGGCCCUCAAGUUGUCAAGGAUUUCUACCUUAGAUCGGAACGCUUAGCUCUGCCCUUUCCAUCGGGAGAGUAUAUGUUGGCAUUGCUGUGGUACUUCGAUAAGAAACGCAUAUUCGAUACCAACGUCAGCUUUCUUUAUCAAGAGGAUCUGUUAAGAAUGACUUAGAAGGAUCUAAAAUUAUCAACUACCAUAGAAAUAUAUUUCAUGUAAAAUAUUUUCUUUCAAUUUUUGUUUAUGGCAAAUGGGAUACUAACGCUAAUUAUAACAAGCAUAUGCUAUUAAUUAGCUAAACUCUUUGCUCUUUUCUAAAAAUAUUUACAAUCUCUGAACCCAAAACUUAGCCAAAAAUCAGGAAAGAUUAAGAAUGGCAAGGAAUGUGAUACAGAGUCCUUGACGGCUUAAGCGCUCGAAAGGCCCCUUGGGUAAUAAAUUAAAGUCAACAAAAGCGAGCGCUGAUUAGUUGGCUAUCGAUGUCAGCCAGGUAAAUAACAAAGUUUAACAAAUUACGUCAGGCACGAAUCGAAAUGGCCAAUAAAAAAAUUUGCAAAUCAAUGCAAAUGACGGGGCAAACAAUGGACGGUGCGGGGAGUUGGGAAUCGAGGGGUUUUGAUACAUAGGAGGCGGCACACAAAACCGAAAGCAGAAUUAAUUAAGCAAAGUGCGAGGGGGCUGGGGGAGGGCCCGAGAUUAGCAAGCAAAAGAUGUCAGUGUGUCACAAGGAUGCCGAUAAACGAGUUUCCCCCCUCUUUCGAUUUUGAAUAUUAGACAAAUUGAAUUAGUUUUGUUUUUUCAUCGAAAACAGGAAAAACGGGAAACUUCUGCCAAAUGCUGAUAUAGAAGUCGAGAUGCUCUGCGGUUAGCUAUGCUUUAGUCAGGCUUUAGAAAUACUUUCACUGAAUAAACAAAUGAUUCAUUAAAAAUGAUAAGAGAAGGUUUGCCAAAGAUUCUCAUUUCAAUAUCAUUCUAACCACUUCAAUUUUAUUUGAAAGUAUUACUAAUUAAUUUAUCUAGCCCAAAGAUAAGACAUAGCUCAUCUGUGCAGUUUCAUUUAUUUGUCUGCAGUGGCGUAGAAUAAUUUUCAUUAAUCAAUUUUUAAUCAGUUCUUCGAAACUAGUCAAUUUAUUAAUAUUUGAUUGACCUGUUCCACACACUUUCCUUCUAUUCCUAAAAUUGUUGAUGGCCUGUUCCGUUCGUUUAAUGAAAGUGCAUUCGCAGCGGCAGCAACAGUUGCUGCAACAAGUUGCACUUGCAUGUGCCACUGUGCACCGAAGCAUGCAGGUGAGAGAGAGAAGGAUGGAGCGGUGUGCGAGUGGAAUGGCGAGUCAGAUGCCAAGUCACACACACAAACAAUAUGCUUUAGAAUUUUAGUUUAAUGAUUUGUAACCGGUUUUCGAGGUGGCAACUCCCGUGAGACGGCUGCUGCAUUUGCUGCAGGGUUAUUUGUGCUCUGCCUUGCCUUACGCUCGCCCUCGCCGUCUCUCCAUCAUCCAACGCCUCUGUUUAAUUACACCUCUUCCUACGAACAACUAAAAAAAUAAUAACAAUAGCGGAAGUUAUACAAAAGCCGCAGAACCGGCUGUAUAACAAAAAAAAAAAAAAAGGGAAAAAAGAAUAUAAAAAAACAACAAGGGUUGCGAUAAGGCGAAAAAGAGUGGAGUUACGGCAACUGCGAGAGUCGAACAUGUGACGAAAGCAGUCGAGUUUAACAGCAUUUAACUGUUGUUUACACUCUUGAUUGCCCUUUGAUGUUCUAACUAGUGCAGAAAAGCUCACACACCAAUAUACGGUUUGAAUGGCUUAUACUUACAUAUAUAUACUUAAGCAUUUGAAAUUAGAAAUUCCUUUUGGAAAAUUCGAUCGUAAAAGAUUUGGACUGUGAAAAAUAUUUCAAUCCGUAUUGAUUGCUAGGAAUUUCUCGAGAUUCAAAAAGCAAUUUCAGAGUCAUCUAUAAAUAUGCAGAAAUCCUAACCAAAAAUUAUCUUAUUAAUGAUUAGCAAAAAUAUAAAAAUAUAUAUAAAAUAUUGUUUUUUAAAUAAAGAGUAUGGCAGUAUGGGAAAGCUAAUGGAAACGUGUUUUCACAUACAAUUCCGAAACAAUUUCUGCCUCAAGAGCGAGUCCGCGAAAAAUUAAAUGAAAAUUAAACAG